UCCUCCAUUCGAACCCUAUUUCCCCCAGCCUCAGAUGGCCCAAGGGCCAUUGUACGACCCCUCCAUCCCUCUCUCAUUUGAAGCCUAUUUUUCCCAGCCUCAGAUGAUGCCUGAGCCAUCGGACCGCCCCUCCUCCCCUCUUCCCUGUGGGGUCUAUUUACCCCAGCCUUCAUGGACAUCAUACGACCACCCCUCCCCACCCUCCACGAUACAAUCCCUUAACGACCUACUCCUCGAGCCUGAACCUGUACAGGAAGGACGAGUACUACGGAAGCGCAAGGCGGUAAAUUAUGAUGGCGCGGGACGCAAGACUUGUACGAAACGCAAGGCGGUAAACAGUGUUAGCGCGGGGCGCAAGACUCGUACGAAACGCAAGGCGGUAGAUAUUGUUGGCGCGGGGCGCAAGACUCAACGCCCACGUCUUAACUAUGCUGCACCUCCCAAUUUCAAACGGGCCGUAAAGCGCGGAAAGGUCGAGUACAAAUGCCUUCUUCCGCAGUGCAAAUUUACAGAUCCGAUGCAAAAAGGCAGCUUGCUGAAGCAUAUCGGUUCGCAGACGCACAGUGGGCGUACCGGUAAGCAUGUAUGCACAUACUGUGACAAGGAGUUAAGUCGCUCGGACUCUUUGAAGCGUCAUAUCAGGUCUUGUUCCAAAGGACCUGGUGAUGACGACUCGUCGGAAGAGUCGGAAGAUUGAUUGAUCAUAUGGUUUCGAUUGGAACAAGGUUCCAGAUAUCUCCCUCGGACAAGAUCAUCGGGCAAGCGUGCAUUAUAUCAUUUGGAUGCAUAAUUCAUCGUUCAUGGAUUACACAUUACUUUACCUGUCAUUUAUAGUUCUCUGCCGUAUCCGCCUGCGGGCAUCUUUCAUUCAUUACAUUUCUUUAUAUCUCAUUAUAUUGCGCGGUCGUAUCUGCAGCACCCUCCACUCAUGAUAUUGCUCUGUCGUAUCUGCAGCAUCAUCUCACUCAUUACAUCUCA